AUGGCCCUCAUGGUGGUCGCCGAGAACGACAAUCGCGCGGCCACCGAGGGCUUCUCGGACAUCGACUUCACGCUCAGCUUCCACCGGAUCGACGUCAAAUCUGGGGGAGGAGGUGGGGGUGUCGUCAUAGGAAAGGGAGAGGCAGCGGAAGGAGGAGGUAGGUUCGUCGUCGGAGGAGGAGGCAAUGAGGAAGGUGCCGGCGAUCUCCGCGAGGUCGGCGACGGCAUCGGCGCGCAUGAGUUCGAAGGAGAAGUGGUCGGUGGAGAGGGAUCCCCGACCUUCUCAGCCGCCGCCGCCGCCGCAGGAGUCCUCGAGAUUGGUGCCGUGGGGGUAGGGGUUGGAUCUGAGAGAGGAGAUGGGGGUUGUCGUCGUGGGAGUUUUACGAAAGUUCAAAACUCGUGA